ACUUUUCCAAUAAUAAAUGCGCUUCCAAGUUCUACCGAACAAAUUGUUCUCACGUUUUGCGUUUUCUAGCCAAGACAUCGCCUCUCUUCCGCGAUCUUGCUUCUCAGGUUAUCUGUCUCUUAUUCCUGCUCAUUUUGCUUCCUUGAGCAAUUGAAGAUAAUAAGAAUUAACUGUUGAUUAAACGCUGGAGUUAUGGCUGAGGUAAUGAAGACUAACGCCUUUAAUUCAUUUCAAUUUGUGGCUUGUGUUGUUUGGAAGCUUAUUAUGGGUCUAUUUCAGGAGGGUCAGAAAGUCACUUUGAAUGUUUAUGACUUGAGCCAAGGUCUAGCGCGGCAGCUGUCCACUGCAUUCCUUGGGAGACCCAUCGAGGCCAUAUGGCACACAGGAGUUGUUGUGUAUGGCAAUGAAUAUUAUUUUGGUGGAGGUAUUCAACAUGAUCCUGCUGGAAGAACCCCAUAUGGAAAACCGAUUCGGACGAUAGAUUUAGGAACGACCCAUGUUCCGAAGGACAUUUUUGAGACGUACUUGCAGGAAAUUAGUCCUCGGUACACAGCUGAAACCUAUAGUCUACUCUCACACAACUGCAACAACUUCAGUAAUGAAGUUGCACAAUUUUUAGUUGGUGCUACUAUUCCUGAUUACAUUCUUGACCUCCCCAACAUAGUUAUGAGUAGUCCCAUGGGCGCCCUCAUAUUGCCUAUGAUUCAGAACCUGGAAAAUACAUUGAAGGCAGGCGCAGUUCCAAUGGCCCCGCAGUUUAAUCCUACUUCAGUAGGUCGGUCAGUUCCAACAGCUAAUGUCCCUAGAUCAUCACCGUCGGGGUCGGGGUCGGGGUCAAAUAACACUAGAUCAUCAUCUGAUGCCAAGCCAAUUGAGAAGACAAUGGCUGCAGGGCCACAGAAGUCAAAAGCAAAUGGAACUGCUGAUCCACUUGGGGAUGCUCGUAGCAAGGUGCAGGAAGAAAUUGGGCGAGAAUUUGCAGCGAUCAUGGCAACUGGGACUCUGCGUGCGAGCGAAGCGGCAGCAUUGGCAACAAAAAGAGUGAUGCAGAAGUAUGGACAUGCUGCGGCCUUGUCACAGGGCUAGCUAGCUAAGCUAGUGCACAUUUUCAUUCAUUUUCAAUUGAAACGUUUACGGAUAAGAGGUGUAUUACUUGUGUGGGUUUUAAGAUGACCCAACACCAUUCAAAACCAUACGAGAAUCCAUGUCAUUCUGUUACUGGUAGUUGUAAAACAAACUUUCUUAGUCUGAUACCAGUUUCUGGAGAUAAAGAUUUAGAUCAUUUCGAUAAUAAUUCCA